UAUCAGGGUCAUGGAGCUCCAAGAGGCCGCCCUCCCCACCGCCGGAGGUCAAGUUUUUGGAGACGCCGUUCGGGGGGGUCCACGCCUGGAUUUCGGGGUCCCCCCGGCCCGGGCGGCCUGCCCUGCUCACCUUCCCGGACGUGGGGCACACCCACGAGACGUGCUUUGCCCCCUGUUUGAGCACGAGGAGAUGGCCGAGAUCGCCCGGAGCUUCCACGUCGUGCACCUCGACCCGCCCGGCAUGGAGGAGGGGCACCGCCCUACCCACCUGGGUAACGCCCACCCCCAUGGCCACGCCCUGCCCACCUGGCCACGCCCUGCCCACCUGGGUAACGCCCACGGACACGCCCACACCCCCAUUGCCACGCCCUACCCACCUGGCCACGCCCUGCCCACCUGGGUAACGCCCACAGACACGCCCACCCCCUAUGGCCACGCCCUGCCCACCUGGGUACUCAGUGCACCCUCCCUGGAGCAGUUGGCUGAGAUGCUCCCGGGGGUCCUGCAGGCCCUGGGCAUCAAAAGCAUCGUCGGUGGGGUGGGGGCCGGAGCCUUCGUGCUGGCAAAGUUUGGGCUGCUGCGCCCCGAGGCCGUGGAGGGGCUGGUGCUGGUGAACAUCGACGCCCGGGCCAAGGGCUGGAUGGACUGGGCCGCCAGCAAGCUCUCGGGGCUGACGACGUCGACGACCGAAAUGAUCCUGAGUCACCUUUUCACCCAGGACGAGCUGGCGGCCGCCCCACUGCGGCAGGCUCCGGGAGCGCUUGGGGAAGGCGCCGAACCCGCCCUGCUCUGGGCCAUGUACGCCAGCCCCUCCCCGUCUCAGCCGCUGGGACCUCGGGCUGGAGCGCAGCGGAUCCGGGAGCCUGCGCUGCCCCGCUCUGCUCGUGGUGGGCGACAACUCCCCCACGAGGACGCCGUGCUGGACCCCACCCAGACCUCCUUCCUGAAGAUGGCCGACGGUGGGGGGCAGCCUCAAAUCUCACAGCCGGGGCGUCUCACCGAAGCCUUCAAGUACUUCCUGCAGGGGAUGGGCUACAUGGCAGCCUCGGCCAUGACCCGCUCUCCCGCUCCAGAACCGGCUCCUGCUGCGCCCGGGCGGGAGGGCGGCGCCGAGAGGGCUCGGAGCCGGACCCUCAGUAGGGGCAGCGUGGGGGGAGGGGCCGGCCUCCCCCCGACCCCCCCCCAGCCCUGA